AUGGCUGCAGGAGCGCUCACUACAGACAAUGGCAAACCCAAACCUAUACCAAGUCAACCUAAAGGUUCAUUCAAGGUUGUGGGUGAAACCGGUGUUGCAGCACAACACAUCGCUCUGGUUACGCCCACAAAGAUGCUGAUUAUCGACAAGGCAGAAGCUAAUCCUGCCAAGUUACCCAGUGGUACUUCAGCAUACAAUGUCGAAUAUGAUCUUGUCAAGAAUCAAUAUCGUGUACUUGAAGUAAAGACCAAUACCUUCUGCUCCGGCGGUGGCUUCUUGCCGAAUGGCACCAUGAUCAGUGCUGGCGGUGCAGAGUUACCUUUCGCAACUGAAUCUGGCUUCCAGUCCCUUCGCAUGUGGAACCCUUGUAAUGAUGGAUCGUGCGGCUGGAUUGAGAAUCCUGCUGAUCCUGCUUGGACCAUGACAGGGAACCGCUGGUAUGUCUCUAUUACCACACUGCCAUCAGGUGAACUGUUUGUUCUUGGUGGCAGUAACGAAUCCCUAGCGAUCAAUCGGAUGGCCACCAACAAUCCAACAUGGGAGAUUUACCCCAAGCCCGCUGGAGUUAAGGCCGCGGAUUAUAAGCCUACAUUUAUGCAAUUCAUGGUCGAUGCUCUCCCCAACAACCUAUACCCGAACGUCUAUUCCCUCCCUGAUGGCAAUAUCUACAUUUUUGCGAACCAAAAAUCCAUCAUCUUUAACGUGGAGCGCAAUGAAGUAAUCAAACGUUUACCUGACAUUCCUGGUGGUCCUCGUUCGUACCCACUCACUGGAUCGCAUGUUCUGUUGCCGUUGGACCCAGCUAAGAAUUAUGCUCAUGAGAUCUUGGUCUGCGGCGGAUCUGAGGCUCAACUGCAGCGUGCCAAGGCCCUUCAAAGUUGUGGUCGUAUCAACCUCAACGACCCUGAUCCUCAAUGGGAAAUGGAAGAGAUGCCCACCCCUCGGCUUAUGGGCGAUGCAGUCAUCCUUGCAGACGGCAAGAUCAUGCUGUUGAAUGGAUGCAUGACCGGUUAUGCUGGAUUCCGUCACGGUAACGACCCUGUUUUUACGCCUGUAGUCUAUGAUCCCGCUGCACCAUUAGGAUCCAGAUUUACAGAGUGGGAGCCAAGCAACAUCGCAAGGAUGUACCAUUCGGUUGCAUUGUUGCUACCGGAUGGUACUGUUUUCGUCGCUGGAUCCAACGAGAACUCUGAAGUGCGUUUGAAGGAUGUACCAUUCCCUACUGAGUAUCGCGUUGAGUCAUUUACGCCUCCCUAUUUGACCACUGAUCUAGCGAGACCCGAAAUAUUAAGCAAGAUCCCAGAAAAGGUUACCUACGCUCAAAAGAUUCAAGUGAUUAUUGAUGUGAAGGAUAAGAGCAAGUAUGAGCCUGAUGUGACCUUUAUGCUGGGCAAGAAAGGAUUCGUGACACAUAGUACACACAUGUCACAGAGAAUGAUCAAGCUCGUGUCGACCCAGACCCGUGUUGAGGGCACUAAGAUAACUUAUGAAGUGGCUAUGCCGCCCAACGCCAACCUGAUGCCUCCAGGUCCUCAUUACAUCCAUGUCUUGAACAAUGGAGUCCCUUCAUUAGCUUUCCAUUUGCUCCUUAACUAGAAGGAAAAGAGAAACAAAACUCCCUGUCAUAUUAUUGUACAAAAGACCUCACGAAAAUGAAAAUAAAAUAUCUAAUAAUUAAUACGCCUCUGAUGGAACUGUGUUGUGUGUUGGUGCU